CUCAGUAGUCAGUUCCGAGUCUGCGUUUUGCUUCUUCUCCUUCAGUUUCUUCUUCUAGAUCUGAUCGCCAAUUUCACCAAAAGGUUUCAUUUUAUACAAUGGGUCGUGGAAACAGUUGUGGUGGAGGUCAAAGCUCAUUGGAUUAUCUCUUUGGUGGUGGUGACGCUCCUGCUCCUAAGCCAGUUCCAGCUUCUCGUCCCACUCCUGUUGAGGCUAACAACGGAACUGCACAACCAGUAACAGCUGCGACCGCAACCGCACUCACGACUGCUACUACUUCUGUUGAGCCAGCAGAGCUUAACAAGCAGAUUCCUGCUGGUAUCAAAACUCCUGUUAACAACUAUGCCAGAGCUGAAGGACAGAACACCGGCAACUUCCUCACUGACCGUCCUUCGACCAAAGUUCAUGCAGCUCCUGGAGGAGGAUCAUCCUUGGAUUAUCUCUUCACUGGUGGCAAGUAAAAUAAUUGCAAAUGCCUAUCCAUUGUCUUUUGCUGCGUUAUCUCACUAUGAAACUGUUUGAUGUGAGCCUUAAAAUGAUAAGAAGUCGGUUUCUUGUCUCUCCCUAUCUCAACUCUUAUCUGUAAUAUUCUGCUGAAAAAUGUUUGAAUCA